AUGCGCCCAAUUCCAAUCGUGCCUCGCGUCGCCAGUGGCGCUCUUUUUCCAGCGUCGAUGACGUUGGCAUCAUCCACAGUAGGAUCUCGGAUAGGAUCUAUAAGGUACAAACGUUACAGUGCCUUUGAUGCGGACCUCGACAAAGAUGCCCUCGCCGUGGCCCGGAGAUGGCACGCGGCCUUUGACCCAUCUCAGCUACCAAGCGGCACCACAACCUAUGCUCGAUCCAGCGGCCCAGGCGGCCAGCAUGUCAACAAACUAAGAACCGAGACAAAAGCCAUAUCUGUGUUCCCUGUCAAGGAUAUCCUGGCUGUCAUCCCACCCAUCCUUCACCCUACCGUUCGCAUGUCACCAUACUACACGGCUGGCAGCGAUGCUCUCACAUUUCAGGCCCAGAGCCAUAGAUCUAGGACAGCAAACGCCGACGAAAACCGCAAGAAACUGGCUUCCGUCAUUACGCAGCUAUACGACGAAAAGGUGCCUGCGGAGACGGGUAGUGACAAGCAUGCCAAAUAUAAGGAAGUGGUUAAACGAUUCCAUGACUCCAGGCUCAGGGACAAAAAGUUGCAGAGCUCCAGAAAGCAAUCUCGGCGUGGAGGUGACAUGUAG